AUGGCCUCCACCAACGGUGCACCUUCACUUGCCCCAGAAGCCAUCUCUACCCUGCCCGGACCUGACCAUGACUAUAAGAUCACGCUAAGGGACAAGGUCAUUGCCAUCUCUGGUGCAAACCAAGGUAUCGGCCUGGGCAUUGCAGAGGUCUGCCUCGCCAAUGAUGCCGCCAGCGUCUACUCCCUCGACAUCUCAGAACCGGGCACCGCGUUCGCCGAGCUGUGCAAAAAGUACCCCAACCGUUUCGCCUUCCUCCACUGCGAUGUGACGGCGUACGAAUCCGUCGACAAGGCCCUUGACGCCAUCAUCGAGGCCAAGGGCCGGUUCGACGGCAUGGUGGCCAACGCAGGCGCGACCAAACACAAGGCCGCGCUCGACUUCACCCCCGAGGAGUUUGACUUUCUGUUCAAGCUCAACGUCGUCGGUGGCUGGAACUGCGCGACGGCGGCGGCCAGAAAGUUCAUCAAGCUGGGCCGCAAGGGCAGCAUCGUCUUCACCGCCAGCAUGACUUCGUACCGGCCGAAUCGCGCCGCGCCCAGCGCCCCCUAUGGCGCCACCAAGGCCGCCAUUCGCAACUACACGCACACGCUGGCCAUGGAGUGGUCGCAGUACGGCAUCCGUGUCAACAGCAUCAGCCCCGGGUUCGUCAAGACGGCCCUGACGUACUACGUCGAGACCAGCCCGGACUGGGACACCAAGAUGAAGUACUACGGGGGCAUGCCGAGGCUGGCGCUGCCGCAGGAGCUGGGCGGCGCGUACGUGUACCUGUUGAGCGAGCAGGCGACGUACACGACGGGUAUUGAUAUUCCUAUUGCGGGUAUCGUUGGUGCUUGGUAG